AUUCUGGUCAAUACUACUUCCUGUAGGGGAAGUAACUCAAUGUACCUUCGCGAUCUUGACAAACGAAAUGCACAAAGUAAUAUUAGGAACUUGGAGUUUUUCAUAUGAAGCGGUAAUUACAGCUAGGGAUGCACUUUUAUCAAGUCAGUCGUCGAUUGAUUCAAUAGAAAAGGGGAUUAACAGCAUUGAAGAAAACAUGAAGUACGGUCCCUGCAUUGUUGGCGUUGGCGGACCGAGAAAUUCACAUGGAUUUUUGGAAAUGGACGCCGCUGUAAUGAAUGGACGACAUUUGCAAUUUGGAGCUGUAACUGCACUGAAAGGAUUUUCAAAACCGAUCUCUGUGGCCAGAAGUGUUAUGGAACGUUGUACUCACAGUAUGUUGACAGCAGAUGGGGCGAAAAUAUUUGCAGAAAAAGAAGGAUUUGAUUUCAAUCCCGAGCUUGCCAGUGAAGAUACUAAUGGAGAAAUGCCACCCCAAUGUCAUGAUACACUAGGACUGAUUGUUUUGGAUGGUGAUGACAUUUCUUGUGGUGUAUCAACUAGUGGCAUGCCAAAUAAACAUCCUGGUAGAGUUGGAGACAGUGCACUGCCAGGCAAUGGUCUGUAUGCUGAUGUUUCUGGUGGGGCAGCAUGUUGUAGUGGUGAUGGAGAUUUUAUUCUAAAGUUCUGUCCAGCAUUCCACGUGGUUCAGUUACUCAAACAGGGAAAGGACCCUAAAGAAGCAUGUAGUAUUGUCAUCAGUGAUAUGAAAAAUCGAUGUAGAGAUUGUUUUGAUUGUUCUAUAAUAGCAGUUAACAUGAAGGGUGAGUAUGGUGCAGGUACCACUGUUGCAAGCUGGAAAGAUCUUUUAGAUAAGGAUUAGACAUUUAAUGGAUUUCCUUAUGUUGUUUGGACAAGUGAAAUGGAUGAACCAAUUUGUAUGUGUCAAGAAAUUAUCACAUAAUAAAGAUACAAUUAAUUCAUAAUAGACAACAGCACUUAAAAUUACCGAUCAAUGAGUUACAGGUUUACUCAUGGCGACUAGUUCUGCUCAGUGGUUGAGUGUAGGACAAAGGAUGCAAUUAUACAUAUCAUGAAGUGAUGUACAUUUGUACUUCAACAACAGAGGGUGUAAUGUGCAAUGGCUGCAUGGACUGACAUGUAUAAAUUAGAAAUGUAGAAACCUUAGGAAAACGUAUUCAGGAAUAGAAAAAUAUUGUACAGUUGUUACAAGACAAUUAAAAGAUGUUAAAAACAAGUGCUGAAUUGUAAAUACCUUCAGGAAAACAGAUUGGGACUUCAAUCCACAAUUUAGUUUUCUAAUAAUCA